CAUGGCGGCGGCGGCGGCGGUCGGGCGGGACACUUUACCUGAGCACUGGUCCUACGGCGUGUGCCGGGACGGCCGCGUCUUCUUCAUCAACGACCAGCUCCGCUGCACGACCUGGCUACACCCGCGCACUGGGGAACCCGUCAACUCCGGCCACAUGAUCCGCUCAGACCUGCCCCGCGGCUGGGAGGAGGGCUUCACGGAGGAGGGCGCCAGUUACUUCAUCGACCAUAACCAGCAGACCACAGCCUUCAGGCAUCCUGUGAGUGGGCAGUUUUCUCCAGAAAAUAGCGAAUUUAUUCUUCAAGAAGAGCCAAAUCCACCUAUGUCAAAGCAAGAGAGAAACCAAAGACCGUCCAGCAUGGUCAGUGAAACGUCCACGGCCGGGACCCCUUCUACCGUGGAGGCCAAGCCUGGCCCCAAGAUCAUAAAGUCCAGCAGUAAAGUCCACAGCUUUGGGAAGAGGGACCAAGCCAUUCGGAGGAACCCCAAUGUUCCAGUGGUGGUGAGGGGCUGGUUGCACAAGCAGGACAGUUCUGGGAUGAGGCUGUGGAAGAGGAGGUGGUUUGUGCUUGCUGAUUAUUGCUUGUUUUACUAUAAAGACAGCCGAGAAGAAGUGGUCCUUGGGAGCAUCCCUCUGCCCAGCUACGUGAUCUCAACAGUGGGCCCCGAGGAUCGCAUAAGUCGCAAGUAUUCCUUUAAGGCCGUGCACAUGGGGAUGCGAGCACUCAUCUAUAAUAGCUCCACCAGGGGCUCUCAGGCCGAGCAGUCAGGCAUGAGGACCUACUACUUCAGUGCCGACACCCAGGAGGACAUGAACGCUUGGGUCAGGGCCAUGAACCAGGCUGCACAGGUGCUAUCUCGAUCGUCACUGAAGAGGGACAUGGAGAAGGUGGAGCGGCAGGCGGUCCCCCAGGCCAACCACACAGAGUCCUGUCGAGAAUGUGGCCGCGUGGGACCCGGACAUGCAAGGGAUUGUUCUCAUCGCAACCAUGAGGAUUCCUUUGGAUUCGAGAGGCGGGAGCAGGAGGAAGACCGGUACCGCUCCCAGAGGGACCCACUGGAGGGCAAGCGGGACAGGAGCAAGGCCAGGUCCCCAUACUCGCCCGCUGAAGAGGAUGCCUUGUUCGUGGAUUUACCCUGUGGCCCGAGAGGCCAGCAGGCUCAGCCCCAAAGGGCAGAGAGGAACGGUGUGCUGCCUGGCACAUCUGGCCCAGGAGAGCAGAACGGGACUGGCGGGUACCAGCGGGCCUUCCCUUCCAGGACCAACGCUGAGAAGCACAGCCAGAGGAAGAGCAGCCUGGCGCACGUGGAGCAGUGGGCAAAGGCCCAGAAGGUGGACGGCAGGAGCCUGCCCCUGGACCAGACCCUUCCUCGCCAGGGUCCCAGCCAAUCCCUGUCCUUCCCAGAAAACUACCAGACUCUUCCCAAGAGCAGCCGACGCCCCUCAGGGGGCUCUUCACCCCCUCCCCGCAACCUGCCGAGUGACUACAAGUACGCGCAGGACCGAGCCAGCCACCUGAAGAUGUCGAGUGAGGAGCGCCGGGCACACCGGGAUGGCACCGUGUGGCAGCUCUACGAGUGGCAGCAGCGCCAGCAGUUCCGGCACGGCAGCCCCACGGCGCCCAUCUGUGCCGGCUCCCCAGAGCUCACCGACCAGGGCCGAAGCAGGAGCAUGCUAGAGGUGCCCCGCUCCAUCUCCGUGCCUCCAUCUCCCUCGGACAUCCCUCCCCUGGGACCCCUGAGGGCCUUCCCACCCCGGCGGCCACACACGCCAGCAGAGCGGGUCACUGUGAAGCCCCCGGACCAGAGAAGGAGUGUGGACAUCUCGCUGAGCGGUUCUCCCAGGAAGGCGUGGGGCCACACCACCAAGAACUCCUCUCAUGUGGACCGACGCUCCAUGCCCUCCAUGGGUUACAUGACCCACACUGUCAGUGCUCCCAGUUUACAUGGAAAAUCGGCUGACGAUACCUACCUCCAGCUGAAGAAAGACCUGGAGUAUCUGGACCUAAAGAUGACAGGCCGGGAUCUUCUCAAGGACCGAAGUCUGAAGCCAGUGAAGAUUGCCGAGAGUGACAUUGACGUUAAACUGAGCGUCUUCUGUGAACAAGACAGGAUCCUCCAGGACUUGGAAGACAAGAUACGAGCCCUUAAGGAGAACAAAGAUCAGCUGGAAUCCGUGCUGGAGGUGUUGCACAGACAGAUGGAGCAGUACCGAGACCAGCCCCAGCACCUGGAGAAGAUUGCCUACCAGCAGAGGCUGCUGCAGGAGGACCUUGUCCACAUCCGGGCAGAGCUCUCCAGAGAGUCCACUGAGAUGGAAAAUGCCUGGAAUGAAUACCUGAAGUUAGAGAGAGAUGUGGAGCAGCUGAAGCAGACCCUGCAGGAGCAACACAGAAGAGCCUUCUUUUUCCAGGAGAAAUCGCAGAUACAGAAGGAUCUCUGGAGGAUCGAAGAUGUCAUUGCAGGCCUGAGUGCAAAUAAAGAGAACUUCAGAAUCCUGGUGGAAUCGGUCAAAAAUCCGGAGAGAAAAACAGUGCCUUUGCUUCUUCACCCGCCUGUGCCUUCAAUCUCCUCUUCUGAGAGCAAGCCGUUCCUGCCCCACAGCCCACCCAUCAGCCCCAUGCGGACCCCUCUGGAGGUUCGACUCUUCCCCCAGCUGCAAACCUACGUGCCGUACCGACCUCACCUGCCCCAGCUGAGGAAGGUGACGUCUCCCCUUCAGUCACCAACCAAGACGAAGCCCAAAGUUGAAGACGAGGCACCUCCCAGGCCCCCGCUCCCUGAGCUCUACAGCCCGGAGGACCAGCCCCCGGCCGUGCCACCUCUACCGAGGGAGGCCACCAUCAUCCGGCACACUUCAGUGAGGGGCCUCAAGCGGCAGUCAGACGAGAGGAAGCGAGACCGGGAGCAGGGGCAGUGUUUGAACGGGGACUCAAGGGUGGAACUCCGGUCGUACGUCAGCGAGCCUGAGCUGGCGACCUUCAGUGGGGACAUGGCCCCUCCCUCCCUGGGACUCGUGGGCUCUGAGAGCAGGUACCAGACGUUGCCAGGCAGAGGGCUCUCGGGGUCCACAUCAAGGCUCCAGCAAUCGUCCACCAUUGCUCCCUACGUCACGCUUCGGAGGGGUCUAGAUGCCGAAAGCAGCAAGGUGACCUACCCUAGACCCAGGAGUGCCUUGGAGCGCCUGUACUCAGGGGACCACCAGCGGGGCAAGAUGAGCGCAGAGGAGCAGCUGGAGCGCAUGAAGCGGCACCAGAAGGCGCUGGUCCGGGAGCGCAAGAGGACGCUGAGCCAAGGAGAGAGGACGGGUCUGCCCUCGUCCCGCUACCUCAGCCAACCGCUCCCUGGAGAUCUCGGCUCAUGGAAGCGCGAGCAGGACUUUGACCUGCAGCUGCUGGAACGGGCCGUACAAGGGGACAGAAAGGACAAGGAGGAGAAUGGCUGGCUGAAGGUUCAGGCUAUGCCUGUCACUGAGUUGGACCUGGAACCACAAGACUAUGACGUGGACAUCAGCAGAGAGCUCUCCAAACCAGAGAAGGUCUCCAUCCCCGAGCGUUAUGUGGAGCUGGAUCCUGAAGAGCCGCCCAGCCUGGAGGAGCUGGAGGCGCGGUACCGCAAGGCCGAGAAGAUCCGUAACAUCCUUGCCCGGUCCAGCAUGUGCAACCUGCAGCCGGUGUCCAGCCAGGACCGGGAUGGUGUGGCCGACCUGGACUCGCAGCUGCAGGCGCAGGAGCGCAUCAUCAACAUCUCCUACGCCCUGGCCUCAGAGGCCUCCCAGCGCAGCAAGCAGGUGGCAGCCCAGGCAGUGACUGACCCGUGAUCCAGCGUGCAGAGAAGUCUGGAGCCAGGGGCCAGUGGAACCAGUUUCCUCCGAGAAGAUUGAUCCUCCUUCCCCUUCCAGCUGAGCCGGGGCUCAGGCUGGAGGACAGAGCGCCGCCAGCGGUGGGGCAUCCCCCACAGGGCUGGGGCCGAACACCCACGCUUGGUGUAGUGCAGACUCCUUUGUACAUGUGACAAAGGCACUUUUCAUACACACUGUAAAAUACUGACUCUGUAUUUUAGAAUCAGGUUAUGUUUUAUACUGUUCACCUCAAGGGCUGAGUGGCUGAGAAGGUGAGGAUGCAGGAGUUUGGAGCUGCACAUACAGAUUCAGGUACCGUUUGGGUGGUGGGUGUGGGUGGGAGCCGAAGGGCAGGGUGAGCAGAGGCCAGUCCAGCAUCUGCUGAACUCAGGUGAGGUUGGACUGGAGAUGUACUUCCAGUGGAUUCCAGUGUUGGGCUCAUUGGUGUGUUGUCCAGGGCAGUGAUCAGCGGACCCUGACCUGGCCUGAUGACCAGCUCUGUAGGGUGAAACUCCACCGAGCUGGCACGUGGAGCCUCGGCCUUGGGUCUGGCUUAGGCCCAAAGGUGUGUCCAAGAACUUUGGUUCCCAACCUGCCCAUGAGGUUCUCUCAGCAAAGGGCUCUUCAAAAAAAAACAAAACAAAAACAGUUCGCUGUAAUUAAAAAAAAAAAAAAUACACUUUGAAAUACAGAAAAGGUGAGAAGAAACACCUUUGAUUUGUAUCAUAAGCAAUAAACGUCACACUGGGUGGCAUCUACCUACAACUCCCCGAGUCCGCACUAGGCUGUGAUAGGUAUCCUGGGCUUGUUGUGGCUGGCCCCUGAGAACACAGGUCAGCCUACCCAGGACUUGGGUCAGGUGGCAGGUGGGCAGGCAGCGGACCCCUACCCUCCCUGAUGGCCAGCAGGGCCAUGAUGACAGGACUAUGACUUGACUUCCAGCCUAAAAUGGGGAGGGCUCUGUUAAGCCAGGUGCAGUGUUUGUGGCCCUUUAUGUAAGUCAUGAGCUCAUGAUAUUCUGCGUUCGGAAAACGAAGUUAAAAAAAAAAAAAACAUAAAACAACUCCAUUGGGUGGAGCCACACUUUAAAUGAAAAUUUGUCUUUGACUAUGGUCAGAAAAAUAAUCUUGAAUAUAUUUAGAAGUUGCCGUCUAUUUUUAACUAACUCCAUAUGCUGCCAGUAUCAACUUCAUGAC